AUGGCUUCAAGGUAUGUUCUUUCGGCGCGAGCAUUACACCGUAAUCUAAGCUGGGAGAACUGACGCGCAUGUAGAUUCCGUCAAAAUGACGCGCGUAAUGCGCUCUUCUCAAGCUACGACGCUCAGACCCGUUCGCGUCCCUCAUCCAACGCCAACUCUCCUAAUCCUCUGCGCUCCUCCUCGCGAAACGCUCCUCAAAGCGGUUCACCCUACGGCCUUGGCGCAAAUGAUUCAUCGUCACAUCUGAGCGCAUAUGGAUCCGGCGGUGGUGCCUUUAGCGCAUAUCCGGGAAGCAAUGGGGAUAUCGCAGGAGGAAGGAGCGGAGACUCGGGCUUCAGACCUGCGACGCCGAAUAAGAAAGGCGCAUACAGUAACGCUGUCUUAGAUGAGCUGGAGAGUCAGAAUGACGAUCAGGCGAGCGAGAUGAGCAAGAAAGUGAAGAUGCUGAAGGAUGUAAGACUGCCUCUCUUCAUGCUUUCCGUCCGAUCUAUGCUGACCGGACUGUCUAGUUGACCAUGGCCAUUGGCGACGAGAUCCGAGAUAGUACAGCACUGGCCGAGAAGAUGAACGAAGGCUUCGAGGGUACGCGCAACCGACUACGAGGCACGAUGAACCGCAUGCUCCGCAUGGCCGAGAAGACGGGCGUUGGCUGGCGGAUCUGGCUUGGCUUCUUUGUCUUCAUCGUUCUACUUUUCGCAUACGUCUGGUUGUUCUAG